AUGCUUGAUAAUGUAAUAGAUUUAUUGGAUAUUACCAACGAGUUACAAGACAAUGAAGAAGAUGAUGAUCAACAACAGGCUGAAAUUGAUAUUCCAAUAUCUUCUAUGAUUGAUACAACAACAACAACUAAUCUGAUUCAACCAACAAUAUCUUAUUACAGCAAUUACAAAUCCAUCGAAGAUUCUUCUUCAAAGCGUCGAUGUUGGACUAUUCAAGAAAAACUAAAUGCUAUCAAUGCAUUUAAAAAAAUGCAAAAAUAUUUCUCUAGUUAG